AUGUAUGAUCAAACUACUUUGACAACUAAUCGUCGAUUAUCGAUGACUAAUAACAACAAAUCUCGUUUGUCAUCUUCAACAGUUUUCAAACGUCAAUCAUCAGGUCAUAUUCCAUUACUCACUACAAAUUCUCGUCCAUUAUCACAUAUAACAAAUCUUCCACAACGAUCUAAUAUUAAUAAUAGACCAAAACGUAAACUAGAUGAAUAUGAAAAUGAUUCAUUUGAAUACGAUGUAACUCCAAGUAAUUAUGCUUCUGUACGAAAACAACAACAAACACAAUUAUCAUCGAUACAACGUGUUAAACCAGAACAACCAUUAACAUCAAAAAUAAAAGUCUUACCAGAAGAUGGAUCUUUACGAUUAGUAACAUCAACUGUUCAAGGAAUGAAACAUUGGACAAAUAAACAUCUUCCAUAUCCAAUUUUAUUUGAAGUUUUUGGUAAACUUGAUUCUCAAGUAACACCUUUAUCAUUAACAAAUACACGUCAAUUUUCAUUAAUUGAUGAAAAAGAUCGUAUUGAAUGUAUAUUUGCUGAAAUGGAUCAAUCAUUUUCUAAUAUUGAUCGAGAUGUUCAACUUCGUGUGAUUUGUCGAUUAGAAUCUGAUAGUAAUAUAGCUCGUUGUAUAGCCAUUCGUAUAGCUAACAAAGAUGAAUGGCAUGAAAGACGUUCUAUUAUUAAACAAUGUGAUAUACAAUUAAAUGAUGACGAUAUUAAUUCAAAAAAAUUUAAACGACAUAACAGAAAAUGA